AAGCACGGCAGUCUGUCAUCAAGCCCAAGAGGUGGGUGGGAGAAGGCCUCCCCCCGAUCCGUCGCCGAUUAAAGAAGGAUACCUUCCAUCAUCUCUCGUUGCUCCUGUAAAAGGAAAGGAUCUUUUGGGUGCAUCCCACACUGCGGACUGGGGGAUGGAGUACGGUGUCAUACCGGUACUCGUACGGUAUCACCGUAUGUAUGUGUCCUAUUCUUGGCCAUCUUACAACCUGAUAGACCCCAACUGUCCGAGUGCGCGUCCAUGACCGCAGCUUGCAUGGUCCGGGAAGCUAAAAUAAAUUUCGAAUAGACACGGCUGCCGCUGGUCGAGAAAUUCUCUCAAGUCAUCAAAGGCGUCAGAUCCGCCGGCAGGAGAUUUCAUUUAUUUUUCGCUUCAUCGUGUCCAGGACCUCGGUUGGCUUCUAAACCCUUCCUUGCCAAAAGCUGACGGGAAGGGGAAAAAAGCGAGGCUCCGAGCCGGACCGAGCUAGGGUGCAAGCAGAUUCGAAUCCCGUAAAUUUACUUGUGCUCACGCAUCGCAAAGAAUAGCGGAUCUCGCCAGCAUCACCCCCAAUACACACCCGCAUACACCAAUAACCCUUAGCCGCAACCCACCUUUCCCUGGUUCAGAUAUAGAGUUGCCUUCCCCCACCCUCCGCGCCGCCCCUUUAUCAGCUAAAUGAGAGCUUUCUUGCGUGCUGCCCCGAUCACACGAUCGAGUCACCUACACUUCCGCUCUAUAAGUCGGCUGAGAAACUACAGCUUCAUCGCUCGACAUCGCUCAUCUGCCACUCCCACUGCCACUUCUACUCCCACUGCCACUUCUACUGCUACUCCUUCACCCUCACCCUUACAAGGCCGAUAUAGACUUGCCGCGUCUUCACCAACUUCUCGCCAAUUCGUCCGACGCUGCUCUGCUCACAGAAUGUGCCACCCCAAAGAGGCUUCCGGCUCGGUCGAUAUUACUCGGGGGAGAGAGGUCCUGCCCGGGAAUGUGAAGCCAACCAAUUAUGCUGUUGAGCUCGAGCCGGACUUUGAGACGUUCAAAUAUGACGGGACUGUUGCGAUUGAGUAUGAUCCCCGAUCAUUGAUGGUUUCCGGGACCCGUUAGGCUGAUAAUGGUCGUCAUGAUAGCUUGGAGGUAGUGGAGGCUAGCACCACCGUUGCCGUCAAUAUUAUAGAUAUUGAUAUUAAGGAGGUCUCUGUGGAAUAUGAUGGAAGUUCCCACAGCCCUACCGAGUCCAAGUAUUAUUAUUAUUUUUUCUCCGUCCUAUCUUUGCUAUGAUGGCUGGGAUGUUAAUUGGUUUAUUGAUAGCCAUGAAGAGGAGACCCAAACCAUUACUUGGACUUUCGAGAGGACUAUUCCCGCGGGCACCCGGGCUAUCCUUACCGUCAAGUUCCAGGGAUCGCUCAAUGAUAACAUGGCUGGUGAGUUGACCUGGUGGCCAAUCUUCGGGUGUCGGCUGAUGGCAUUCUAGGUUUCUACCGUUCAUCCUAUAAGGAUGGGGACGGAAACACCAAGUAUAUGGCUACUACCCAGAUGGAACCCACCGAUGCUCGCAGGGUGAGAUCGAUGAUGCCCAUCGUCCUUAUUCCUGAACUUGAUGCUUACAAGGUCCAAUAGGCUCUCCCUUGCUUCGAUCAACCGGAUCUUAAAGCUACCUGGGAUGUCACCUUGAUUUGCGACAAGAACCUAACCGCCCUAUCAAACAUGGACGUCAAGGAAGAGAAGGAGCUGGACAAUGGAAAGAAAUCCGUUUCCUUCAACCGAAGCCCCAAGAUGUCCACUUACGUGACUACAUCCAUACAUCCCCCUAGUAUCACACUCUCUUACAAUUGACUUCCAGCUUCUCGCGUUCAUCGUCGGAGACCUACGGUUCGUUGAGAACAACGGCUUUCGAGUCCCCAUUCGAGUUUAUGCUACACCAGGCUCGGAGCACCUUGGACACUUCUCAGCAGAGCUCGCAGCAAAGACUCUCGAAUUUUACGAUAAAACCUUCGAUUACCCAUACCCGCUACCGAAGAUGGACAUGGUUGCCAUUCCCGACUUUUCGGCAGGAGCCAUGGAGAACUGGGGCUUGGUCACAUACCGGGUCGUGGACUUGCUCUAUGACGAGAAGACCGCUUCAUUGGACCGGAAGCAGAGAAUUGCCGAGGUCGUGCAGCACGAACUUGCCCACCAAUGGUUCGGAAACCUGGUCACUAUGGACUUCUGGGAAGGGCUGUGGCUCAACGAGGGUUUUGCCACCUGGAUGAGUUGGUACUCUGGGAAUAAGUUUUACCCCCAGUGGAAGGUUUGGGAAUCAUAUGUUACCGACAGUUAUGCUGGGGCUCUGGGAUUGGAUGGAUUGAGGAGCAGUCAUCCCAUCGAGGUGCCGGUGAAGAAGGUUUCCGAGAUCAACCAGAUUUUCGAUAGCAUUUCUUACUUGAAGGGAAGCUCUAUACUGAGGAUGAUUUCGGUCUACCUUGGCGAGGAUGUUUUCCUGGAAGGUAUUAGGAGGUACUUGAAGAAGCAUGCAUAUGGAAAUACCCAGGUUUGCACCACCCCCCUCCCACCUUGUUCCCUGCCUAGGGCUAACUGGAUAAGACUGGUGAUUUAUGGGCGGCUCUCAGUGAUGCUAGCGGAAAAGAUGUUGAGAGUGAUAUGGCGACAUGGACCAAGAAGAUUGGCUACCCCGUCAUUGCUGUCGAGGAGCACGGUAGUGAGCUUCACUUGACCCAAAACCGCUACCUGAGAACGGCAGAUGUCAAGCCGGAGGAGGACGAGACACUGUGGCCCAUCUUCUUGGGUCUCCGCACCAAGAGCGGCAUCGCUGAGAGCCUUACCUUCAACACUAGGCACACCACGAUCAACCUUGACGACCCGGAAUUCUACAAACUCAAUGCCAAUCACACCGGUGUCUACCGUACACUAUAUCCUCCGGCACGCCUUGCGAAGCUCGGCCAAGCCGCCGACCUUCUUUCUGUAGAGGAUCGUGCAGGUUUGCUCGGGGACGCCGGAGCCCUUGCCACGAGCGGAUACCAGAAGACUUCCGGUCUAUUGGAUCUCCUUGUUGGUCUCAAGAAUGAGAAGGAGUACAUUGUCUGGUCCGAGAUUGCCUCUAGAAUUGGUAGCAUCAAGGCUGCCUGGCUCUUUGAACCCAAGGAAAUCCUCAAGGGAUUCAAGAAGUUCCAGAAGGACCUCUUUGCACCGAUUACUCACGAAAUUGGUUGGGAUUUCAAGCCUGAGGAUAGCGAUAUCCUCCAGCAGCUCAAGGCAUUGGCUUUCGGUCAGGCCGGGUAUGGUGGUGACGAGGAGGUCGUUGCUGCCGCUAAGAAGAUGUUUAAGAAAUUUGCUGAUGGCGACGUUGAUGCUAUCAACCCCAACAUCCGUACUGCGGUUUACCAUAUUGUGUUGCAGCAUGGUGACAACGAUGGAGAGAAGGAAGUCUGUUGUGUUUGCCCCGAUAAAUGGCGCUGCAUGAUGCUGACUUUGUUUGUGAUAGUGGGAUAUCAUCCACAACGCAUACCUGAAUGGCCGUACUAGCGAUGAGCGCAAUGUAGCUCUCCGCACCCUUGGCCGCUCCGAAAACGCGGAAAACAUCCAGAAGACCCUCAAUCUCUGUCUCAACGGCGAAGUCAAGGAACAAGACGUAAGUAGUCCAUACCUCACACUCCCUCCUACUUAUCUAACGCAUUCAGAUCUACCAACCGAUCAGCGGUCUCCGUGCCCAUGCCGCUGGGACGGAAGCCCUUUGGUCCUGGACGCAAGAGAACUGGGACAUCCUCGUCAAGAAGCUUCCACCUGGCCUCUCCAUGCUCGGUGGUGUCGUCGGCACCUGCACAGGAGGCUUCACUUCCGAGGAGGCUAUCGCAGAUAUUGAGAAGUUCUUUGGGGACAAGGAUCAGAAAGGAUAUGACAGAAGCUUGGCCCAGAGUUUGGACGGAAUUCGUGCCAAGGCUGCUUGGGUAAAGAGGGAUGCUGAUGAUGUUAAGGCUUGGUUGAAGGCGAAGGGGUAUACCCUUGCCGAGAAGUUGUAGACUUAUCUUAGCGCCUGUCCUUUUUUUUUUUUCAGUGGCAUCUAGAGUAGCUUCUUAGAGUGAAUAGAUGGUAUAGUGGGUGCGAUAUAGUGAUAGCAUCUGCAUUGUAGGAAGUGCCCAGAAUGCCGCCGGCAGUGGGGGGUAACCACAUCAUCCCGCGAUGCCCCUACAACUCAACCAGCUAAAAAAUCAACAAACCCCUAACCGCAAGAGAGAGAAGAGAAAAAAAUCAUCUCCACUACCGCAAAAAGCAUUCGAAAGCCAUGCGCCAGAAGGGAAUCGAACCCCUGCCAAUUGCUUGGAAGGCAAUUAUCCUACCACUGGACCACUGGCGCUGGUUAUAUCUAAACUGCCUGCCUGUGCGCAUAAGAUUGGUUUUAAGACCGAGUUCCACCAGUGCGCGAAAAAUUUUCCGAGCCGCAAUAGAUCAUAUCUCCCGGAACUCAGGUACG